AUGCUGAGAGCAGCGAGCAGUAGGUUACUCGCCUCUACGUCGACAUCUGUUCUUCGGCCUUAUCGACCCAUAUCCACCACUGCGACUCUGCUCAAGAAGAAAAGGGGAGAUGACCUUGCAGCUGGUAGUUUAAGGCAGCCGCCUCCUCCUCCUCCGCCGCCGCCUUCUGCUCAGGCAAAGACCUCCCCAAGUCCAUCUGAGCGCCCUCCUCCACCACCACCGUCCUUGAAUGGUGCUCCCAUAACCGCGGGAUCUGGGGCUCCCUUGACUGACCCGAUUGUCAAUCGGCCUGCAGAACCCACCUCGUCAUCCUCAUCCUCAACCUCACCUUCAGCAUCUGGUCCCAGUACUGGAGUUGCCUCUGAUACCGCUGUUGACACCAAUGCGCCAGAGGAACUGGACCUUAGAGAUCUUCCAUCGCUUAACAUUGAGACGGUGACAGAGUCUGCGAGGAUAGAGGAACGUAAACGAGAAGGGGAAGGGUCCGAGGGACCUAAGCGGACGGGAGCGGGCAGGAAACAAUACGUCUCAAGUAUCGAGAGGCAGAGGAGAAUGUGGUUGAGGUACGGAACAGGAGGAUUGGUCGUCAGUGGGAUAGCAUAUGCUCUCUUUCAGGGUGCGACGGAUGAUGGGGUGAGCAUCGAUGGUCAGUGGAAACGAUUCAAAGCUAGUCUGUCGGAAACGUUUGAUGUAUUCAACAAACCCGCUUUCAAGACUCUUUUACCGGAUCCUCUCCCACCACCUCAUCAGAGACCAUACACCUUGCUCGUCGAUCUGGAGGGCAUGCUGGUGUCUUCCACGUGGGAUCGCCAGAAUGGAUGGAAGACCGCCAAGAGGCCAGGAGCCGAUUACUUUUUGGCCUAUCUCUCACAGUUUUACGAAAUUGUCCUGUUCACCACUCAACCUCUCUACACUGCCGCGCCAGUAGCUGAAAAGCUUGAUCCUUACCAAGCUUACAUCCCUUACAAACUAUUCCGCGAAUCGACCCGAACGGCAGGAGGCAAGACUGUCAAGGAUCUUUCUUACCUCAAUCGAGACCUAUCCAAGGUCAUUCUCCUCGACACGGACCCCGAGCAUUCGGCACUCCAACCUGAAAACUCGGUCAUCAUCAAACCGUGGAAGGGGAACAUGGGUGACAGAGGUUUGGUAGAGAUGAUUCCGUUCCUGGAAUCUAUUGGCAUCUUCCAACCGCCCGAUGUUCGACCUAUUCUCGAAUUGUACCGCGGGAAAGAUAUCCCCGUAGAAUACGCCAAAAAGGAGGCAGAGUCCAAACGACAAGUUUUGGAAGAAUGGAGACGGCAACACCCGACAAAUGUGCAUGGAGGUGGGACCGGUAUGUUGAGUUCGUUGUUUGGAAGCGUCGCAGCGGUGAGACCCGGCCAGCAACGGCCCAAAGAGCCCAUGACGUAUCUGGAGCAAAAGCGAGCGAUCGCUCAGAGGCAGUACGAAGAAGAACAAAAGUACUGGAGGGAUCACGCUGAAGAGUUUGCCAAGAUGAUUGAGGAGGAUAAGCAAAGACAAUUGGCAGAGAUGAAAGGGUCACUGUGGGGUUUCAUGACGGGUGCUCCGGGCGCCAAUGCACAAGCACAGGCUCAGGCUCAAGGACAGGAUCCUCAUGCGGUGCAGACCGCGAAUAACAGCAAUCAGUAA